GCCGCUGGAGGGUCAGUAGAAAGUCCAGAGCAGAGCAGAUCGGUAACGAGCUGUCCGGAGCGUGAGCUGUGAAAUUUCCUUUCUUUUCUAUCCAAUGUGCAAUUUGCAAAAGUUUUGUGUCAAUGCCAAAAAUUAGCCACACGGAUUCCAAACAAAAAUUGUUGAAGCAAGCUAGAUUGGGCAAACAUCUGUCAUCGAAAAAAGGAUCGCGCACUGGAAACUCGGCCAACAACAAGGAACUUAAAGUACUCACCCUGUUGCAAACUGUACCGUGAACUUUGACUUCUCUACAAACGCAUUGGAAGCGCAGCUUUGUGUAAUCGGCAGAAAAUUGUACCUAUUCAAAAAGAAGACAAAGGAUAUCUAGAUCUAGUGACAAAAUGGUCUACACCGAACGUACCGACAAGUGCCUGAGCAGCACCACCAAGGACAACCAGUCCACGAAGGGUCAGAACCACUCCAAGUCGAGCAGCGGCUCCGGAUCGGGUUCGGGAUCAGGAUCGGGAUCUUGGAGCAGUCAAGCAUCGAGUGCGGACAAGUGGAAGUACAACAACAUGGUGAAGAACGAUCGCCAGCAAUUCAAUGGGAUGCAUUUCUCCUAAAUGCUGUACUAGAUCCAAUUGAAAUGUUCCUCUAGGAAUGUGGGGAGCCUUGAGAAGCGGGGAAGCUGGGGGCUGAUAACGUUGUUAUUUCUAUUUGGUUCAGCAGGGCCACUUUAGGCUAGUUUUGUAAGCCAUUUUAUAGACUUAGGUAUUGCUAUGUGAUAAAA